CAUUCACACCGUAUUGUGUUGUAUAUUUGUUCACUUAUUUAAACAUUAUUUUUUGCGACUUGCAUUGGUAUCACUAUCGCCAUCCUUAUCGUCAUCCUUAUUGUCGCCCUUACUACCUGUCGACAUUUAGCGCCGAGCCUUUGUUUGAGAUGCCGCAAUUCCCACAGCCAAAGCACGGCAAAGACCCAAUGGUCUAUGUCCCAUUACGUCUGGAAGAUUACGAUAUCAGCCCGGCAAACGGAUUUCUCCCCACAGAACCGCCGCUGCGCCGGCUUUCCAAUCCGUAUUUCGAGCCAUGGGAGCGCAUCAUGGAUAAAUUCAACCAGUACCUGCUGGCUCACCACAUCCGGCGACUUGUGCGCAAGAUGCCAGUCCUCGAUACGAGCAAGCUGGAGACACAGGCCGAAUUUCAGCGGGCAUUCACAAUUCUCUCGUUCAUGGCACAUGCCUUUGUUUGGGGUCGGAACAGCGCGUUGUCCGAGUCAGCAUCAGAUUUCUUACCCGCGUCGAUUUCGAUUCCUUGGGUUUCAGUGGCCAAGUUCUUGCAAAUCAAUCCAGUCAUAUGCUGCGCUGCGGUCUGCCACUGGAACUGGCAGAUUCUCGACAAAAAUGCCAAAGAUCCGAUGGACAUUGACAACCUUGGCACUCUACACACGUUCUCAGGCUCGACAGACGAGUCCUGGUUCUACCUGGUCACCACAGCAAUCGAGGCCAAGUGCGCACAGGGAAUAAACGCUAUACUUGACGCAGUCGCCAGCGUCGAAGAGGACAACAUGGAGCGAAUGACGCGCGCAUUGCACAAAAUCGCACACUCGCUGCGCGACGCAAAUACCCUGCUUGUGCGCAUUUACGAGCGCUGCGAUCCGUACGUGUUUUACUGGAAGAUCCGUGAGUUCUUGGCUGGCUGGGAGAACAUGGCGGAAGCCGGCCUUCCCUAUGGCGUUUUGUACGAGGGCGUCGAUGAUACAGACACGCUUUCGCUUGACAGCUGGCAGGAGUUGAUCUGGAGAUUCCGCAAAUACGCCGGGGGCAGCGCUGCGCAGACACCGUUGCUGCAGGCAUUCGAUAUUGCCCUGGGCAUUAAGCACUAUCCGACGGGCAAGCAAGGGCUGCAGUCAUCAGUGAGCGAUGCGCGGAAACGGCUCCAUGAACUCGGAUUUUCUGAGCCGCCCGUGGCAAACUCGUACCUGGUGCACAUGCGCGACUACAUGCCUGGUGGUCACCGACGGUUCCUUGAGGAUUUGGCAGCGACAUGUCGGAUUCGCGAGUACGUGCUGCUGGCUUGCUCGGACCCGAUGCUACAGACUGGCCAUGAUGGGGACCUGCAGGCCAGCAUGCGCCAGGCGUACAACGAGUGUAUUGAUCUGAUGAAGGCAUUCAGGGAUAAACACAUAAUGAUAGUCACUCGGUACAUCAUCGUUCAGGCAAACAAGAGUCCACUGAUGCCAGCACCGCCAGUGGCCCCGGUCUCGAGUCAUAUCAUCCCGCACGCACCUCACACGCAGGAAUUGAUGCGGGCGCGCGCUUCAGACACGCCCCCGCCGGGCGGUCGCCUUGGCGGAGACUCAUUGCCAGCAGACCCGACGAUGUACCCGCAGACAAACACACAUUCACUCAGGCUUGCGCAGCCCACGCGGGUGCGCAGCCAAAAUCACCACUCCUUGCAAUCAGCGGCGCCGUCCCAGGCAUCUUUCUCAUCGACAGAUAGCAAAGGAAACAGGCUUGCGCGCAAGGUCGAAGACGGAUCGGUCGUGCGCGGUACGGGCGGAACGGAUGCCAUGCAGUUUUUGAAGCAGGUGCGCAAUGAGACAGCAAACACACGGAUUUGAAUGCUCUGCCAGUUAAUCAAUUGCGCCAAUAAUUAAUAGACCCCUCAACCUGGGGUCAAACAUGUAUAUUUUAAUUUAAUAUAAUUCUUUGAACAUGUGCAUUUGUGCUUGCACUUGCACUUGCGCUUGCA